CAGCAGACGAGCAGCACAGGAUUGGAUCAACUUACAGCACAUUGAUAACACGGCAGGCUGCAAAUUGGAUUUUAGAUUCCGUCGUAUAUGCUUUCCCAAGAUAAUCUUUUAGUUUUCUGACUAAGUAAUACAAUUUGUUUACAAUUAUUCUGCAUUAAUUUCUGCUGGAAUCUCAAUAGAAAUCUCUGUUGGAGGCCACGCCUUUUCAUCGCAGAAAAUAAGUUAAUCGAAAUUUAUCUGAAACUCGCCUGAGCAGCUUCAUUUACUGUGUGUCGAAAUGGCUGAGUCGUUCUUUGGAGAUCAGGAUUCAUUUAACUGUUCAGUAUGUCUGGAACUAUUGAAGGAUCCAGUGACUACAGCAUGUGGCCACAGCUACUGUUCGGGCUGUAUCGAGGGCUGCUGGGAUCAGGACGAACUAAAGGGUGUCUACAGCUGCCCCGAGUGCCGACAGACGUUUGUCCAAAGGCCCGUCCUGAACAGAAACACGUUGCUGGCUAAAGUGGUGGAUAAAUUGAGAUCAAAUUCUCAAGCUGCUCCUCAUGCUGACCGUCAUGCAGGACCCGGGGUUGUGGAGUGUGAUUCCUGCAUUGGGACCAAACAGAAAGCUGUCAAGUCCUGUCUGGUUUGUCUGACUUCUUACUGUGAGACUCACCUCCAACCUCACUACAAAUCUCCUGCCUUUAAGAAGCACAAGUUGGUCCCAGCCUCCACGCCACUACAGGAAAAGAUCUGCUCUCACCAUGACAAACUACUGGAGGUUUACUGUCGCACCCACCAGCGCUGUAUCUGUUAUCUUUGUACACUGGAUGAGCACAAAGGCCACGACACUGUCUCGGCAGCAGCGGAAAGAGCCAACAAACAGGUGCAGGUGGAGAAGAACCGUCAGACAUCCCAACAGGCAAUCCAGGUGAUGCAGGGAGCAAUUCAGGAGCUGAGAAAUGCUGUGGACAAUCUGAAGAUCUCUGCAAAGAAAGCCGAGGAAGACAGCGAGCUGUUCAUUGCAGAGCAGAUCAUCCACAUAAAUAAAAUGGGCUCUAUGGUGAAAAAUCGGAUCAGAGCCCAGGAGAAGGCUGAAGUGAGUCGGGCUGAAGGGUACCUGGAGCAACUCGAGCGUGAGGUGGCGGAGCUGGAGAUCUGGGAUGUUAAUAUGGAGCACUUAUCACUCACGGAGGAUCACAUCGAAUUCCUCCAGAGGGUCAAAGACCACAGUACACCUCCCGUGUUUGAAGAGGCGCCUUAUUUUGUCAUCCACAGUUGGGAUUUUAAGAAUGUGACAAAAUGUUUCUCUGGGCUAAAAGAACAGUUGACCCAGUGCUACGAGAAUGGACUGGUGGAGAUAUCUAAAGCAGUGAAAGCUGUCCGUAUACUGGCUGGUGCAGAUUCUUGGAAAAGGGAUUCCUUAAGAACUCAUGGUCCAGUAGUUAAGAGGAUAAAGCCUAAAUAUAUAGUGUAAUGCCACUACCUCAGUUAAAACAACCUGAUACCCAUUUUACAUGUGUCCAUAUUUAAAUGUUUUCUACCCAAACCACAGUUGGAGGAAGCAGAAGCACUCUAUUAGAAAAAAAAGUGACUGUUUUGUUUAUUUGAGGGUAUUUAUGUACCUAUUGAAUUCUGAAUUUAGAGAAAUCACACAGUCCCCCUGUUUAUGGACACUAUGACCAACCCAAUUCUUAUGGGGGCUGCUAGAUUUCCGGUAUCCAAUAUAUUUUUCAUUAAUAUAUUUGUGCUGUGGUGAAAAAACAACAACAUGCAUAAUUCCAAAAAAAAUCUUAGAACAAAGAUAAUGAGACGGUGUCCAGAGUUAAAGGUAAUCUGAGUUGGUUUGGACUGAAUCCUAUUGUAUAAUGUUUGUGGACACAUCCAGAGAUGUGCAUUCACAUUGAUGAUCAACAAACCAUUUAAAAUGACUGAUUCAUUGUGUAACUGUAGUUGAGGCUGAGUCGUUGUGUAACUGUAGUUAAGGCUGAGUCAUUAUGUAUCUGUAGUUGAGGCUGAGUCGUUGUGUAACUGUAGUUAAGGCCGAGUCAUUAUGUAUCUGUAGUUGAGGCUGAGUCGUUGUGUAACUGUAGUUGAGGCUGAGUCGUUGUGUAACUGUAGUUGAGGCUGAGUUGUUGUGUAACUGUAGUUGAGGCUGAGUCAUUAUGCAACUGUAGUUGAGGCUGAGUUGUUGUGUAACUGUAGUUGAGGCUGAGUCGUUGUGUAACUAGUUGAGGCUGAAUCGUUGUGUAACUAGUUGAGGCUGAAUCAUUGUGUAACUAAUUGUGGCUGAAUCAUUGUGUAACUAGUUGUGGCUGAAUCGUUGUGUAACUGUAGUUGUGGCUGAAUCGUUGUGUAACUGUAGUUGAGGCUGAGUUGUUGUGUAACUGUAGUUGAGGCUGAGUUGUUGUGUAACUGUAGUUGAGGCUGAGUCAUUAUGCAACUGUAGUUGAGGCUGAGUUGUUGUGUAACUGUAGUUGAGGCUGAGUCGUUGUGUAACUAGUUGAGGCUGAAUCGUUGUGUAACUAAUUGUGGCUGAAUCAUUGUGUAACUAGUUGUGGCUGAAUCGUUGUGUAACUGUAGUUGUGGCUGAAUCGUUGUGUAACUGUAGUUGAGGCUGAGUCGUUAUGUAACUGUAGUUGAGGCUGAGUCGUUAUGUAACUGUAGUUGAGGCUGAGUCGUUAUGUAACUAGUUAAGGCUGAGUCAUUAUGUAUCUGUAGUUGAGGCUGAGUCGUUGUGUAUCUGUAGUUUUGGCUGAGUCGUUAUGUAACUAGUUGAGGCUGAGUCGUUGUUUAACUGUAGAUGAGGCUGAGUCGUUGUUUAACUGUAGAUGAGACUGAGUCGUUGGGUAACUGUAGUUGAGGCUGGGUCGUUGGGUAACUGUAGUUGAGGCUGGGUCGUUGUGUAUCUGUAGUUGAGGCUGAGUCGUUAUGUAACUGUAGUUGAGGCUGAGUCAUUAUGUAACUGUAGUUGAGGCUGAGUCAUUAUGUAACUGUAGUUGAGGCUGAGUCGUUAUGUAACUGUAGUUGAGGCUGAGUCAUUAUGUAACUGUAGUUGAGGCUGAGUCAUUAUGUAACUGUAGUUGAGGGUGAGUCAUUAUGUAACUGUAGUUUUGGCUGAGUCGUUGUGUCACUAGUUUUGGCUGAGUCGUUGUGUCACUAGUUUUGGCUGAGUUUCUUCAGGUCUUCUAAGAAUUAAUACUUAAUUGGCAUUCUGUGUUUUUGUCUCUGAAAUCAAUUCACAUUGUGAAAGAUGGUAUACAAACGACAUGCAUUCAUGGAAUUUGUAUUAUUUUUGUCAGUCAAGUGUGAGUAAUGUUUAGAGAUGGAGCCCUGCUGGGGUAUUCAAAUAGAGGAGCUUUCUGUGUGUUAUUUUACAUCUAUUCUUACAAUAAAUGUUGUCUGUUUUGAAUUUUUUUAAAUCUAUGUAAUGGUUUUGUAUAAGAGAACAGUGUGAAGCGAGGACACCAGACCCAACCACACCUCACCAAAUACUUUUUGUUUUUUAGGCUUUGGACAACCCCCUGUUGUUCUCCACAAACAUCAAGUCCAGACAGCUGCAACUCACUUUUUCCCUGCUGGUGCCAUCAAAGACCUGCAGCUUAUCAAGAACCGUUCAGCUGGACUGGUGUUCAACCCUCCUUAGUUCUCACAAGUCACCCGACUUGGCUUCCAAUCAAAGCUCACAUUCGCUACAAUAGGGUUUGCUAGGACGUCAGAGUUCCUGCCCGUUUUCCGAAAAUGUCAAAAACAACACCACAUCAACCUAUCAUCAAAUAUUUAAUUUGAAUCAGGGAUCCCCUUGGGGACCCCAUGACCAGGAUUGGGAAACACUGGUGUACUGUGUAUUUACUACCACUAAGGUGUGUUGUUGUCCCAACUUGAUAUCCUAAAAUAAAUUCACAA